AUGGAGGUUAACGGUACUACCCUGAGCACGCUGGAGGAAACUGACCUGUUAUUACAGCUUUUGGGCGAUAAAAGAAAAGGCUUACCAUCUGUGAUCACACUAACUGUCGUUUACAGUAUCAUCUUCAUCACGGGCGUCAUCGGUAACGUGAGCACGUGCCUCGUGAUAGCGAGAAACACGUACAUGCACACUGUCACCAACUAUUACCUCUUCAGUUUGGCUGUUUCCGAUACUCUUACUCUCGUACUCGGAUUGCCUCCAGAAUUAUACUGCAUCUGGGAAGCGUACCCAUGGCGAUUUGGAGAACCGUUUUGCAUAUUCAAGGCUUUUUUAACGGAAAUGACGUCAUAUUCAUCCGUAUUGACAAUAACUGCAUUUACAAUUGAACGCUAUAUUGCUAUAUGUCAUCCGAUCAAAUCACAGACUUUAUCAAACCUUUCACGUGCUGUCAAGAUCAUAAUCUGUAUUUGGCUGGUGGCCGCAGCCUUUGCUAUCCCGUACCCGAUAUAUACUCGCGUCUACCACUACAUCCGAGUAAACAACACAGUGGUGGAUGACUCCCUCAUCUGCAGUAUAGCGCCGCCCUGGCGGGAUUUGAUGAUUCAUGUGUUUCAAAUGUCCACCUUUGUGUUUUUCGUCCUUCCGAUGACUAUGAUCACAAUCAUGUAUAUACUGAUCGGUCGGACGCUCAAUUCCUCUGAUUUUGGAACACCAGUUUAUGCUAAUUCGUCCUCCACGAAGUCCAAGGCUAGAAAAGCCGUGAUAAAGAUGCUAGUCGCCGUCGUUGUUGCCUUUUUUUGCUGCUGGGCGCCAUUUAAUGCACAACGUUUGAUGACGUCAUACAUACCACCAGAGAGUUGGACGCCAUCUCUAAUAGAGGCCCAAGCAAAACUUUUUUAUAUUUCCGGUGUUCUAUUUUUCGUCGGAUCCACCGUUAAUCCGAUUUUGUAUAAUUUGAUGUCAAAGAAAUUCCGCAUGGCUUUCCGACGUUCGUUGUGUAGGUGUUGUUACAACCCUGAUGAACUUAUUGAGUUGAGUGCUAGGUCAAAAUCGGUGCUAUACUCUGACCGGUCUCCCAACCUGAACCAGAACAGAUGUAUGUCAAACAUGAACCUAUACCCACGCUCACCACAAAUGAACAAGUCAAGAUCCGGAAGUUCUCUGGUACUUAUGAAGAACGGUAACUCUCAUAUUAUUUCCAAUCGCUUGACUGUGUCUAAUACGCAACAAUGGCCAAGCCCUCAAUCGGACAGACAUUGGUCGUCCACUUCAAUGGACAGACUUAAAGACAGAUCAGUUGGACGAAAUGACAGACAACCGAUCAGUCCAUGUAAACGACGGCUUAAUAUCAAAACAAACUCUAUCGUCAAGGUUUGUUCCAUGACGAGUAUGCUUAGUUUUACCGAGUACGAACAGGAGAUAUUCUUAGAGCUUGGGAGUUUUAAUAGCCAUACUCAUCUUUAUAGUAAAGAUCAAGGUGGUUCUCCAGAAACAGGAGAUACUGUGACAUUUCUAUAG